GAAGAAAACCACGUGCUUCCGGUAUCUUUGAUCACAGUGUGCACGUGAAAGAGCAGACCUUGUAAAUACCGUAGAUUAAACAGAUCAAAACGUUAAAAUGGUUCGUAAAUUGAAGUACCAUGAGCAGAAGCUGUUGAAGAAGGUGGACUUCAUCAACUGGGAGGUGGACAACAACCUGCACGAAGUUAAAGUUCUGCGGAAAUAUCACAUAGAGAAGAGAGAAGACUACACCAAGUAUAACAAGCUGAGCCGUAACAUCAGGGAACUGGCCAAGAAAAUCAGAGACCUGGAUGAAAAAGACGGCUUCAGAGCUCAGAGCACACACCAACUCCUGGAGAAACUAUACAGCAUCGGUUUAAUCCCCACCAAACAGAAUCUGUCCCUCACUGAGAAAGUCACGGCGUCUUCAUUCUGCAGGAGGAGGCUGCCGAGCGUCAUGCUGAAUCUGCGUAUGGCUCAGAACCUGAGGACCGCCAUCACAUUCAUCGAACAAGGACAUGUGCGUGUCGGCCCAGAGAUCAUCACUGACCCUGCGUUUUUAAUCACAAGAAACAUGGAGGAUUUUGUUACGUGGGUGGAUUCCUCCAAGAUCAAGCAGCACGUCAUGAAUUAUAACGAUGAGAGGGACGACUUCGAUCUGUUUGCAUAAAACAUCCCAACAUCUGGAUCAGAAUAGGAUACAAAGCUUUCCUGCGUCAGUCAUGGUGUGAAUUUUGCCAGGAGUCGUCAGGUUUUUCCUGAAGACUCUGAUCCGACCUGACGAACUUUGACGAUUUUCAUCUGAGCAAAGAGGAACAGAGUUUAUCCAGACUCUCCGUCAGUCGAUGUAAAGUGAACUGAUGCUGUUGACAUGUCAUCAGGUGUAUUAAAACUGCAGUAGGUGAUGCCAUACUGGAGAUCCUGCAGACCAGUUUCCAGCACCACCUCCUGUUUUGGUUUUUUUGGUUUUUUCUGUGCCGUUUCUUUUUCAUCAGUAUAAUUUUACUGAUCAGCUCAGUGAGUUAUGAAGGUAGAACUGUCCCUCAUUGUGAAACUUCGUAAUGUUGGUUUCAUGAAGUUGUUUUAGACUCAUGUACAGUCUCGCUUUUGCUCUUUGAUCAGUUUCACAAAAGUAAAAUCUGACUAAUUGAAGCCUAAAAUAUUGUAAGUUCAUGUAUUAACUAAACUAAGACCCCCUCUGUUGAGAAAUGGCUCAUUCUAAGGGAACAUUUUUUUCUUUUUUUUUUUUUAAUUCUGCAUGAUUAGAAAAUAUUAUAUUCACUUUGUGCCAUUAAAUCCACAUAAAUCGUACACACUUUAGCCCUAAAAUGCCUUUAUUCAGUUUUGCAAGUAAAAAGUAAAUAGAAUUACUCAAGUAUGAGUAUUAAUAUGUCCUAAUGUUUUGUUAGUUUUUCCUAAAACUAGCUCUGGAUCUGAAACUGUUAUUUGUGACGAAGUGCUGAUAUGUUAAAGAAGCUGACAGAUGUGAGAAACUGGUAAUUUGAUAAAUAUUUAAUCUUUUCAAUAAGACUUUUUUUAACAGUUGUGUAAACCUUUCAAUAAACAAUUUUUUUCUCACAGUUUUAAGACUUUCCACAAAACCUCUGCAUAUGAAAACAAGGCUUCUUAAUAUUGGAACAGAACGAAGCCCCCCCCUCACCAAAUAUCAGUGUAACACCGCCUGAAUGACGAACUAUGAAGCGUUUACUUCACGUGAAGAACCAUCACAGACAAAAGGAGCAGACGUAUGGAAUAACAUGAAGCCACAUUCACCUUUAACGUUGCUAGUAGAACAAUAACAGGAGCGUUUUACGUGUUCAUUUUUUAGAAACCCUGUCAUAAAGUCCUUGUUUCAGAGUCCAUCAGAGCCACCAGAAGCGAACGUAGAUGAUGAGUGUGAUGAAGAACACCGCCACAGCUGCCACUUUGGCGUACGUCGAGCGGGGUGUUGAGGUACUUGGCCGUCACUGCCGGUACUCCUUCGAAAGGGAGGACAGAUUGCUGGCUUUUGUGUCCAGAGCUGAGACAAAUCCAAGAGACAAACAGAAAAUUACUCUGCAGUUUUAGGAAAAGAGGGAAAAAAAACAGCUCUGAGGAGAUAAGAAGGGCUUAUUGUGAUUCUGUGCAUUUGGUAGGACAUGUCAAAUAUAACCGGUAAAUUAAAAUAAUCCAAAACCCCCAAAUACUGCCCACAAAAUUUAACGCAUGGCAAAAAUCAACCUCUUUAAAGCCAUAUUAAAUAGAUUUUUU